AUGUCUCCGGCUUAUCGUGGCUUUGUCGGCCACUUCUUCCUCGCCCUCAGCUUGUUCCUCUUGCUGCUCCCAGGAUAUGCUUAUGAGAUACUCUCCGAUGACUCUUUAAAUUCUCUUCCUCGGGCCAGUGAAGAUUACGACAUCCACACGGGCUCCCUCCUCUCUCCGAUCCUCCGCACUCGCGUCCCAGGAACAGAAGGCCACGAAGCCGUCCUCGAGCACUUCGCCAACUUCUUUCGAACAACAUUACCGAAAUGGAAUAUUGAACUGCAGAACUCGACUUCCACCACCCCCAUAUCCAAGGGCAAGGAAGUUCCCUUUGUCAAUUUCAUUGCCUCGCGCGAUCCGCCAGGCGCCCCAGUUGGAGAUGUCGGGCGCUUAACAUUGGUCGCGCACUACGAUAGCAAGCUCACACCGACGGGUUUCAUCGGUGCUAUUGAUAGCGCAGCCCCAUGCGCGAUCAUCAUGCACGCCAUGCGCACCAUUGAUGCGGCCCUGGAUGCGAAAUGGACCGCGAUGCGUACCGAGGGAUUGGACCCGUCUCUUGAGGACGAACAUGGCAUCCAGAUUCUCUUCCUGGACGGCGAAGAAGCUUUCGAUCACUGGACCGAUACAGACUCCCUAUACGGUGCGCGUUCUCUGGCUGCGAGCUGGAGUUCGGAGUUCUACCCGGCAAUGUCAACCUACAAAACACCUCUCUCAUCUAUCGAACUCUUCACCACACAUUGGGCAUAUCAAAGUCUCGCCGCAGCUGAGGAGCGUUUGCGUUCCCUGGGUCGGAUGAAAUCGGCUUCGGAUCAGCAUUGGUUCCCUGAUUCAAAGAAGAACUCGCAUGAUGUUAUCCCCCUAGGUGGAAUCUCGGAUGACCAUCUUCCAUUUUUGGCGCGCGGCGUGGAAAUUCUACAUCUCAUUGACUUUACUCCGUUCAAGGGCUUCCCGCCUGUUUGGCAUACCAUUGAAGAUGACGGGGAGCACCUUGAUAUGGCCACGGUGGAAGAUUGGGGUCUGGUCAUCACUGCUUUUGCGGCCGAGUGGAUGGAGUUGGAGGGGUACUUGGAUUUUGAGCAGCAGACGAAGUCACAGACGGAGUCACAGUCGAAGUCGCGCCGGGAUGAAGAGCUUGAGUUCGAGGCGGAGGCUAUUCGUCUCAACAAAAAGACCGAAUUGUAA